UUGUAGCUCCAUUCAGAUUGGUUUCUUAUGGCAAUGAAAUGGUCAAUUCUGUUUCUUGCACAUCAAUCUAUCAGUCUCCAAGUUUAAAACUCUACGUUACAACAUAUUUUAUUGACAUUAUAUAAAGGAAAUUGCUAAUUGAACGGUUUUUUUCAAUUUUAAUCUUCAGACUACCUUAACUACGCAAUCAUAAAUUUGUAGACUCAUUCUAUAGACUCGUGGUAGAGAAGGACGUCUGGCGCCCUCUCCUGACCAAUAAAGAACAUAAUUACAUUUGCUGAGCAAAAAUCCAAAUUUCCUUUUAAGACAGGGUUUUUGACGUUUUUUUUUUAAACCAAUUGUACUGCUCUGUUUAAUUGAAGUGAUUCAGGACAGUGUGCUGAUGACUUAGGGCGCACUCAUGAUGUAGGAGCUUAUUAAAUCAAGCAGCUAAUUAUCUGAUUACACACACCUGUGGUUUCCUUAUCCUGUGUUGUCUAAUGUGUCUCUUUACAGACGUUUACGACACAACACAGCUCCGUGAAAAAGGGACGUUGGAGGGGUGACACUCAUCUGAAGUAAACAGAGAGGGAGGGGAGUGUGCGCAGGGCUGUGGAAACAGGCGUGCAGACAGUCCACCACUGCAAAGUGUGGAGCGCGGGACAGACUGGCUGCAGUCCACAUCACUCUGCACUGUGUCCAGCAGGAGAACCACAGCUCUCGCCUACAGUGAGUCGCUCACACUCAUUCCAACCAAUGAUGUGAGAAUCAGACGUUCUGUCAGAUGUUCAAAAGUCAUCGUCGCCUCAUUGUACUCCUGCUCCAUCCGUACCCAACACUGUCACACACGCUGCAGCCCGGCUCCAGUCAUACAGUUCAUCCACGAGGACACCUGGUGUGAGAUGCGGCAAUGUUCCGAGGAGUAUUCUCACGCGUGAACUCUUGCCGGUGCUUCUGGAUUUUCACCGUGCAACUGUUGUUUGCGGUGCAUGUGGUCGACGUGCAGGCGUACAGCUGUCAUGAAGUGAGGACCGCGUUCCAACUGCGGCAAGUCGGACCGCAGCACCGGGUCCCGGAUACACCUACCACAGAUGUGGAUCUGUUGAUAUGCAAGAACAAGGGUCCAUCCUGCUGCACCCGCAAAAUGGAAGAGAGCUACCAGUUUGCUGUGAAACGAGAAACCCUCCACAACAUUCACUCCUACAGCUAUGAGCUGGAGCAUGUCAUCUCUGGCCAUUCGGCUGCCUUUCAGGACAUGUUCCAGUACCUCCUGUCCUUCUCCCAGGGCCACCUGAGUUCCCUGCUGGAGGUGGCGUAUCCAGUGAUGUCGGACAAAGCCCUGCCUCAUGUCAACCAGCUCUUCUCUUCACUCUCCCUCUUUCUCCGUGGGGCCAACGUUUCUGUGGAGGCUGCAGUUAACCAGUUUUUUAAUAAUCUCUUCCCACUGGUCUACACGAGGCUCAUCAACCCAGGCAUUGAUGGCAGCCUAAUGGAUGACAGUGAAAUGGGUGACUGUCUUCGUAUGAUCAGGCAGGAUGUGAACCCUUUCGGACCUCAUCCUGCUGACAUGGCCCAGGAGCUGGCUGAGGCCCUGGGAGCUGGUCGGCAGCUCGGUCUGGCCCUGGAUGAAGGUAUGGAGGUGAUGAAUGCCACGAAACACCUCGGUAUGACGAGAGAAUGUUUGAAGGGCCUGGUGAAGAUGGUGUACUGUUCCCACUGCAGCGGCUUGACACUUAUCAAGCCUUGUGCAGGAUACUGUCUAAACGUAAUGCGAGGCUGCUUGGCUAGCGUGUCAGAGCUGGAUCAGUCCUGGAGGAGGUAUACAAGUUUGUUGGAGCAGUUGACCCAUGCCAUGGUUGGGCACCACAGCCUGGAGCUGGCCCUGUUGGAGAUCAGAGGCCGCGUUAACAAGGCCUUGCUGUACGCCGAGCUUCAUGGUCCACUCAUCACCGCCACAGUGGACAAGGUGUGUGGCCUUUCUACCGGGGAACCUACAAGUCCAGAGGUCACGACUUCGACGGUGACCUGGUCAUCUCCUUUCCCAUCAGCACCGACCCCCCAGCCCCUACCCGAACAGUGGCUCAGCCAACUGGCCCACCUGAGGAACUCGUUCCCCCUGAAACCCUCCAAGAACAAUAAACAUAGUCUGAGAACACUCUCUAGGGAGUUUUUGAUGUACCUGCAGCGCUACAAGUCUUUCUUUGCAGCAUUGCCGGAGAUGAUGUGUGAAGUGGAGAACGUAGUUGACGAUGCCACCUGCUGGAGCGGAGAGGAUGUAGUGCAGAGCUAUUCUGGCAAAACUGUAGGAAACGGUCUGCACGCCCAGAGGCAAAAUCCCGAGGUCAAAGUUCGAGGUGUGGACCCUACGCUGGCUGAAGUCAAAGCGCGGUUGGAUUCAACCAGGCAGGAGACUUAUGAGAAGUUUCCCAAAUUGAGCCAGAUAGAGACGUGGGAUGAGAUCGGCAGUGGAAAAUCCGAGGGCAGCUCCAUAGGCUGCGAUGAUGAGGAUGGCUGUCCGGCCUCAGGAGACGGUCAGGAAAGUUCUGAUACAGAUUCCACCGUCGAUCGAAGGCCCAUCGCCCGACAGCCCGUAGCUGAGAGCCCGUAUGUCAUCGCCUCCAAGCCCCCCUCAGUGAAGGUGAUAGGGGGUUCACCACCUGCCAGAUGGGCGCACACCUGGAGUCUUGCACUGCUUCUUGCCGCACUUUGCAUGUGUUGGACCCACAUCUGAUGCCAGCACCGUUGAAACUUUCCCCCUUAGUCCUUUCUAGGAAAUGUGUACAUGCAGACGCACAUUCAUAUCAUCUGUUGCAUUUAGUAUCCUUACUCCUGUACUCCAGCUACUGUGCGUGGACGACGAAGAUAGAAACAAAGGAGACAGAAGAGAAGGAGGACAAAAAUCACAGGAGGCUGUAGAUGGGGGCACCUGCGGGGGAACUCGACCCGCAGCAGUACAGAUGCAGAUGAUUGCACAAGCUGAUCCCAUGCACAGCCAUCUACAAUGACUCUGCCUGCUGCUUCUACUGGGAUUAGGUGUGUGUAUGUGUAUUUAGACACCAGUAUAGUCCUGCGGCUCCUUGCACCUUCAGAGUAGUUCAGAACACAAACGUUAUCCUUACACUUUCAACAUUUAGACUCAAAUUCACACGCCCUGCAUUUAUUAGUAUCAGUCUUUGUUUUGCUCUGUUGCUGGAUUUUGUUUAACUUCUAAGGCUAAAACCUCACCAUGGUCAUUUGCCAGCCUUGGAAAAGAAACUGGCUCAUUUAAAAAAAUCAACUCCUCUUUUUUUAAAGGAUUAAGGAAUGCAUGAUAAAUUGGUAGAUUGAUCCCAGGUGCCUGGCCCAGAACACUACAUUUUUAAACAGUCUUGAGUGUUGGCAGGGAGUAGAAUGUAAUGAGUACACAGAUAGAGCGCGGGCACACUUGCACAGAUGAAUUCAUGGUGCAGGCAACGUAGGUGUGUAUAGAAUAUGUAAAUGUAAAUACGUGGAAAGAUUUAAUGAGUGUAUGAGGUUGUGAUACUACAAAAAGCUCUUAAUUGAUUUAUCAGAAUUAUUUUCAAAAAAGGACUUUGCUUCUCUGCUCAGUAUCAUCUAAAAACAGUAGGAAAAGGAAAAAAAUAGGUUUAAUUUCUGUAGCAAAUCAUGUUGACACUAGGGGUGCACUAACACUAGGCCUUCGUACCUUGAGUCUGGAUUCUGUGUGUACUGAAGUGUACUGUGCCUGAGUACGGCACGGUUAGAAUAGGUGUGCUGAAGCACGGUACACUUGGACUCGUGCACAAUCGCGGAUAAUUACAUUUCCUGCCGCCUCCGCAAAAAUCUUUAUAUGCAUGUAGCACUAUUUACAACGAAUCGCCAUCUUGCGCAUUCAGUAGAUUAAGACACCAUAUAAACAACAAUCACCGACGUAAGUGUCGGAGUCAACCGGGCUUCAGCAAUUUGAGUAAUUUGAAUGCAGUGGGGGACGCGAGGGAGGGAGGAAGGGCUCUCAACAGAGUACGGAACAACUGGUCCUGGUACGAGUGCAGCCUUAGUUAAUGUUUCAGCUAAUGCUCGUGGCAUGAACCGACAUACAGUGAGUCCAGGUUGUUGUUUGUAUGUUUGUUCUCAAAUACACAAAUCAUAAUUUCUUUCAAAGAUGUUAAAAAUAUAUAUAUAUACAUAUAUUUACCUGCAACAUUUCUGAAUUUCUAGGCAUUGCUCUGUCACAUGAUUGGAAUGUGGAAACAUACAGUAGGUAAGAUUUGUUGUACACGGGACUCUCCCUUCUGUUCCUUGUUGUUGGGACAUUCUUUUGGCUCUGUGGUUUUUCCCCACUGUUCAAAAACACUUUUAUUUCACAAUAAGAAUGUUUUUUCUUUUGAUACAUUUGUUGUCUGUCUUUUUAGAUCAGCCAGGUCAGUGACCAGAAACUGGUUCAAAAAAACUACUAAAUUCUAUUCUUCCUGAAAAGAAAAAAAAUAUUUUUGAUGCAACAAAAAUGGAAACUUAAAAAAAUGGCCCAUGCAGAUGCAUUUGCAAUUGCAAUUCAAUGUCCCAGUGUAAUUGUUAUAUUAAAGCUGACUCCUUAAUGUAAGCGUCACGUUGAAACAGAGUCUUAGCUAAAUGCUACCUACUCUGUGCUUUACACGAGCAGUGAAAUACCUCUCCCAUUAUCCAGGUUUCAUUCUGUCUCUACUGGAAACUUAAUCUCCGCCUUACAGUGCCAUAACAUGCAGACCUAUGCAGUUACUCGUCCUAUCUCUGCAGUUAAUGAAGCAGUUUUAGCUGUGUUACAUUUGUUUCAUUUCAUGUCCAAUAACCACGUUUGAUCACUUCACGUUUUUUUUUCCACGUUCGUUUCUUUCCUGCUACUUGUCCAUUCAUGUACAGCCUAUACCUUCGCAUGUGUAUAAAUGUACAUAUUUUAAGUCACUGUUUGUUUAUGUGUCUCCUUUCCUCCCUUUGUAUCGCUACGAUACAGUGUAGUCGGGCUCUAUUAAAGGUGCUCUGCUUUUUCA